UUGACUCCUUUCUUUCUGGGGGCUCUGUGGAGCGGCGCUCACUGGUAAAAAGGGGGAACUAGAGAUUAGCAGCAAGCCCCCUUCACCAGUACUCAAUAUCCUCUUUUGGUCUAUUCCAGGCCCACCCCCCUUCUCUCUAUAUUUUAUCUCUUUGGUUUAAGUGUGGCACAGAAGCAGCGGGGAUGAUUGCCCGGGCAGAUGGUGCUCAGUUUGUGGACUAGAGGGCUGCUGACAGCGAGGCACUAAGGAGCGGACUCUUCAGUCAUGGGAUGCUGCAGUGUGACCCAGAGGCACACUGGGAUAGACGAAGUGGGCCCCGAUGAGAUCGAGCUCCUGGAACUUUCUGGGGACAAUUUAGGCCUGUGGAAUGUGGGAGAAACCAGACUUCAGCUGUCAGUGAAGAAUGGGAAAGAUGAGCCGCCACCUCGCUACCCUUCAGUACGACAUCUUGAACAAGAGGUGGUGCUGUGGGGCAGGAGCAGGGAUGAGCUCCACCACAGGAUUUACUCGCAGCAGCCAAUCGUGGACUGGGAGGGCCAACCUGCUCACAUGUACGGAGAGAUCGUCCACUCCUCCCUGGUGUCUGUGUAUAACAGCUACACACAGGAAACCAGUGAACAUUUUCUGGUGCUGUUCUCAUUCCAUCUGCUGAUCCUGGCCCUGGACCACUCCCGCCACGACUUCAUCUACGAGGGCAUACUUCCCCUAUCUGGACUUUCCUUCAAAGCCAUCUCACUGGAUUCUGACACAUCACAUUCAUCAAAUAUGUUUGAGAUCUGUGGUCCAAUGAUGGACUCCAGGGUCUUCAUAUGUUCCAGUGCUGCAGAGUCAAGGAAAUGGAUGGAGCACCUAGAAGAGAGGAGAUACAAGUCAAUGGCACAACCCAUCAGUCCUUCCCACUGUGCUCUCUCCUAUCUAAUACCCUGCGAUGAGCACUGGAAAAGAGAGGAACUGAAAACCUACUUACUACAAGCUCCAAUAUGGCAGUGGGAGGGCUCCCCCAUACAACACAUGGGAAAAAUAGGAUACUUGUCCAUCGUCCAUAUCAUUAACACACAAAGACAGGGCCUUCAAGAAAGACUCAUGGUUCUCUUCCCUCAUGAUGUCCUGCUGCUGUCCGUGGACAACAAACGGCUGAAUAUAAGAUAUGAGGGUAGGCUGCCUAGACAAAGCAUCAAGGCAGUGGAGAGGUCAGCCUCGCCUGGACGACUGGAGUUUGAGCUCACAGGUGAGCUGGUGGAGCCGCUGCAGGUUUCCUGUACCCAUUUGGAGGAUUACCAGAACUGGAUCUUCCAGUUACAACAGCCAGAAAAAAACAGCUACAUUACUACGAGUCACGCCGCCCCACCACUCAUGCCAAAGCUCCAAAGGAGUAGGAAGGAGUCGGAGGAGCCAAUGAUAACAGCCGACCAAUGCCACAGCAACGGAUGGAGAUAACUCAUAAGCAGGCUGCACAAAGGCUUGGAAAUGAAUUGUAAUUAUCUAAAAAAAAAACAAAAAAACCUGUAAAUAACAUGUACAUAGUGCAUUUAUUUCUACUUGUACCACAAAAAGGUGAUACUGUUGUGAGAUCUACGGCUUUGACAGUAGUAACCAAAACCUUUUCAGACCCAAUUUAGGCAAUUUCAUCUCAGCAAAGGUCUCAGGCAUAUGAAAUGAUGUGGUCUUGCUUUCCUGUUCAUGUGAUGAACAACAGAAACCAGGCCAUGACCCACUUAGAGACCCGACCAUUGUUACAGAAAUGUUGGCCGUAGCGUCUGUAGAGCUGUUAGAACA